CGUAAAAUAAUGACGAUGCACUUGGCGAUGCUCAUAAUCCAAAGAGUCUCUCGGUACGGUACCGCUCGUGCCAGAAUCGAAUCCACUAAUGCAGUCCUCGAUCACCAUAAUUAUCAUGAUCCGCUUCGCGGUGUACAUGGUAUUUUCAUGCAUUCGAUUUCAUGGUUCUGUUGUGGCAAACGCUGUGACUGGCGAAGACCGGCGCUGGCCCGAUAACACCAUUCCUUAUGAGUUUGCCCGAGACGGGGAUGACUUCAAUUUGCUUUUUUUGCCAUGGCUAGCCACACAAGAGAAACAGUUUAUCUUGAAAUCGAUGGUUAUCAUCAGCCGCUUAACCGGCGAUUGUGUGCGCUUCGUUGUGCGAACCACCGAGACCGACUACGUUUUGAUUAAAAAGGGAACAGUAUGUUCAUCCUCUGUCGGGCGUCAGAGCGGGAAUCUCACUAUGACGUUCACUGCCAGCUGUACGCAUUUCCACGGAGAUAUACAACACCAACUAAUGCAUGCUAUGGGCUUCUAUCACGAACAUUCCCGCAGCGAUCGAGAUGAUUAUGUUACUAUUUUCUGGGAUAACAUUGCAGAAAUGAACCGCGACCAGUUCCGCAUUUUGUCAGGAAAUACCUACGGUUUACCAUACGAUUAUCAAUCAGUAAUGCACUAUAAGGUUAAUGCAUUUGCCAAGGACAGCGCAGUUCCUACUAUUCUUCCAAAGGAAAAGCACGUUAGGAUGGGACAGCGAGAUAACUUAAGCAUCCUAGAUGUGGCUAGAAUACAAAGACAUUUCAAGUGUACAAAGGCCAUAAUACCUGCUGAAUCCAUAGUGGAAGAAACAACAAAAACGCAAGAAAACACGACAAGUGUCGCUAUCACCACUGGUUACGCCGACGAAGUUGGAGUUAGGCAAACGACAGCGAUAGGGAAAGUGACUACGACCCGAGGACCCCGAUCACUCUACCACUUCAAGAUCCCAAUUCAGGCCAAUUUCGCGUAUACAUCCGUCCAUGAGCACCCCAGGCUGUUGCACCAGAUACUCGUCCUCUUCGAGCAAACUUACUCCAGCCAUGGGCUGUCCAACAUGAAGAUCGUUCUCCUUUUCGAAGCCGAUUCCGGUCUGCCCGGCAUGAAAGUGGUGACGUUCCACAUUGAGGGCACCAGUAACGACCAGAUUGAUGCCCGCAGCGUUGCCACGGAAUUCAUCACGACCAUCCAAGGCGCCAACAUUCCCGGUGUUUCUUUUCAAUCGUCAACGGAUGCGUCCGCUGAAACGUCAACGAAUAUUGCAGUUAAAGACAAAGUUGCCUGUUUCGAAUUCACAGUCGACGGUGCACCUAAAGUUCAGGAAGCGACGGAAACAUCCGAAACAACCACAAGCGCCGUUGACAGCACCACCGAAGAUGCAGAAGAACCUGAAAGUAAUCAAGAACCAUUUCCACAAUUUUCCGAGGAGCCAGUGUCGAUGGACCAAUGCAGCCGGCAGUUCACGAAGAACUGCAGACCUCCUACUCUCCAGCCAAGUGAAUGCGACAGCAUCGUUUCGACAGGAUUAGAAAUAUCAUGCAUGCGCUCCGCAACUGCCGAGGAAAUCAGAACAACAGCAACAUCUUUAUCGCAGCCGCCACGGCGUGCAAUUAGCGUAGAAAUGAUGGACAGUGUCGGAAUUACGUCCAGUAAUUUUUUUCCGGUGCGACAACAGGCGGUCAGAUUACGCCUGUGGUUCUGCGUGAGCAGCCGCACAACGGGCAAACUGAGACAGCUUCGAUUCGUUAAUCUUCUAGAAUUUCAGCUGAUUGGGUGUUCGGAUCUGGAUAUCAUGAAAAACGAUUUCCAACAUUCAACAAAAUUAAAGAUUAUUUUAUUUCGCUCCUCAACUAUUAAAAAUCUCCAAAAAGGCACUUUUUCUGAUCUGCAAGACUUACGAUUACUUUCUCUGGAGGGUUCCACGUCGGCAUCAAGCACUGCAAACACGACGGAACCCAGUGAGAGUUUGCGCAAGAUUCAGUGUGGCUGCGAAUUUGUCUGGUUUCGUGAAUGGUGGAACAACAACAAGAAGUUAUUGCGGCGGGUCGACGAAGGUGCGGUGUAUACCAUAACCAACGCGUUUUACAACGGAAACUAUGAGCCGGAAGAGAUACAUUUGCCCAUGGAUUGCAAGAGACCGGCUCACGCAACCAGCAAUGCUGUUAACCAGCCAGGAUCAAGAUUUUCUAUCAACGCACCCACAGCAUCAGAAUGUUAAGAUUUAAUGCGAUUUUAUAUGGAUUGUAACCAACAAGUUAAGCUUUAUCUCUUUUAUCAUGAUAACAUUUGUCUACAAGGACAGCGUUUAGAAGUGCACUACGUUACUACUUUGUUACUGAAAAUUGUUAGCACAAAGCAUUAACAACCUCAUUAAAAAGCAAAAUGAUUAAA